AUGAGGUCACCGUGUGUGUUCAGUGUUGCAUGUUUGUUAUCCUUGGUGCUGGGCGGCUCGCUAGAGGAGGCUGAUCAGCGAUUUUUGACUGAAGGCGCCUCGCUUCAAAUUCUUCAAGAAUAUGAUGCCAUUUUGAACGAUCUUCGAAAAACGGAUCCCCUAGAUCCUACUAUAUCCAAUGUGUUGUAUAAGCAUGGCCUAGUCAAUUUUUCACUCAAGCGAGACAAAUUGGCUUUGCAGGAUUUCGAAUACUGUCUCGAUAUCAAUCCGAGUCACCAGGGGUGUUUAGACCGACUGCGAGAGCUAUGUAUCGAGAUGGGUGAGUACGAUGAGGCACAAGCGCGAGGAAUCAAUGUGGAUGAAUAUAAGCAAUUGGAACAGGCCGUGGUGACACUAUACAACAAGAAGAAAUACACAGAAUGCAUAGAAAAAGCACAGGAGCUCAUCAACAUCUCCCCAUUGAACAUGAGGGUGCGAGCCAUAAUUACUGACUGUUUGAGAAAUUCCAAGCUAGAUUUUCCGCAAAAGGUUCAGCUUCUAGCCGACCAGUACGGCGUACUUGUGAACAACGAUAGGGCUCUAGAAAACUAUGUCGACCUUUUUGACUUACAAUUUUUUGGCAAGGCCGUGGACAUCGGCAGCUGCUCCAAAGUGUUGAAAACGUGUCUUAAAUACGACAAUGACUAUAAGGAAUGCCGCGAACGGACUAAGAUGACGGUCAAGAUGAGCAAACUUCUCGAUUUGUAUGAGCAGGUCUCCAUUUACUACUCAUACCUAUAUUUAGACGAGGGAGAUUUCAAGCGUUUGGAGGAAUUAGAACCAUCGGAUGAUGUAUGGAGACAGUUGCAUGAGCUCAUAUUUGGUAAGAUUAAGGUGCGCGGCCGGGAGAGUCUGCUUGGUGUAGAUCUUUCCAAACACCCUACCAAUUUGGACGUCCUGGUAGAGUUGGCUGUGAAAGCCCUCGAACGGUUUGGAUUUUCGAAACAGGAGAGUCUGGACCACUCGCCGUUCCUCCACGAGCUUGCUCGUAUGGCUAAGGAGUCCUGUACCCGCACGGGAAAGCCAUACAAGAAUAAGUUAGAUUACAAGGACGAGAUUCUGCCGGAGCAGUUUGGAGAAGUGGACAAGCUGCUGCGCAAAAAAAAGUAUGCCGAGGCGAAGCAGAAGUUGGAUGCCAUGCGUGGCGGUUUCAAACAGAGCUCGUUAUGGAAACAAAGAAACGAACAGCUGCUCAAGUUCAGAGAGAACGAGCAGAGGCAGAGAGCCAGGCAGCAGCAGCAGCAGCAACAACAAAGACAAUACCAGCAUUAUCAACAAUAUCAGCAGAACCAACAGCCGCCUCCACAAAGAGCACCGGACGGCAUGGAUCCUUAUAAAGUGUUGGGAGUCUCGAAAACUGCUGAUGAUGCCGAAAUUAGAAAAGCAUACAGAGAGAAAAUGAAGCAAAACCACCCGGAUAAAAUGAAGAAUUCCAAUCUUUCGCAGGAGGAAAUCGAGCAGAAGGUGGCUGAGAUCAACAAUGCCUACGAGAUCCUCUCGGAUGCGGAAUCGAAACAACAAUACGACCAGCAAUCAGGUGGUCACCAUGGGCCGGGCUUUGCAGGUCAACAUUUUCGACCUCCUAAUGCAGGCGGCGGCGCCUUUUUUCAGGGGGAACCAUUCGGGUUUAAUUUUCAUUUUGACUCAUUUGGUCAGAAUGGGGCCAAGCGCGGCUACAAAGUAAAGAGAAAAGGCGGUAGAGGCUGA